UUGUUGCAUAUUGCCACUUCAAUUCGUAAUACUGGUCCUGCAUGGGCAACUUGGCAAUAUCCAAUGGAGAGGUUAUGUGGGAUGUUAUUACCUCUUGUGCGAUCUAAACAGCAUCCCUAUACAAACCUUCAGAAUCAGAUUACAAUAUGGACUCAGUUUUCACACCUUCAA